CAAAUGCCAUACCUGAAUAUCACACCAGGGCAGAAGCUUAAUAAACAAGCUGUCUGGAAGGGACUAUUUUUUGCUUUGAAAGAUUUUAGGAAACAAGUUUGCUUUUGAAAACAUUGUAGCCACUUUGUGGAGGAUUUCCUGAAAAAGCACGAGUAUACACAUCUCUCCAACAAAAUUCAAGUCACUUGAAUUUCUGUGUCCAAAGCACAUGCCCUUCCCCCUUUGGGAACUGAAAGUAAAACAGCAGCUCAAUCAACGGGAAGGUGUCCCACCCGCCUUCCGAAAGCGCUCACUCUUGCUUUGACAGGAAGUGAGGCCAACUUCUGGGAAACGGGAAGUUGAGAGUUCAGCAGUUGGAGCAAACUCUUGAUCGCACAGCAAGAAGGAAGCAGGGAUCCGGAGACCACCCAUAUAAGCAGUUAUGGAUACCAUCCAGGCCAUUCUGAACGUUUCGGUCACCAUCUAUAACCAAUGUGAGAAAAUGACAGAGUGCAGUAAGCACAGAAAGCGCCUUGUUGAGCGCAUUGAGACCCUUGUGCGGCAGGUCAAGCGCAUACGGCAGGCCUGCACCCCCACCAGGUUCUCCAGUGACUUGGGAUUGAUGCUGAAACGGACGCUGAACGUCCUGGAAGAGGCCCAGACAGAGCUUCGCGAGUACGGUGACCUGUCCCAGUUGCAGCGGUACUUGAAGGCUCACAAAAUGCUGAAGAACUUUGAAAGAAUGAACAUGGACAUCAGUGAUGUUGGUCAUGACCUGAUGAGGCAACUAGAGAUCGAGAAGCUAUUGGAUGACCGUCAAGACCUCAUAAAAUUUAAGAAGCCUCUUGUGGCCCAGGAAGGCAGACAGGAUCUUGUCGAGGACUAUGUAUCUUUGCAGGAGAUGAACAAAGUCCAGGAUGCUGCUGCUUUCAUGGGAAUCACCGAAAUACCCAAAAGCCAGAUCACCAAUGUGACCACCCUGAUGGAGUGUGAGAGCUAUACCCUGUGCAGUGGAAAGUACAAUUAUUGCUCUGUGGCCAUCAAAGUCUUCAAGAACCCUUUGACUGAGAACAAACCACAGGAUGUGAGGAGCAUCUUUCGGACCGAAAUCAAGACUAUGAAGAAGUUUGAGUCUCCCUACAUCGUCCGACUGUAUGGGAUGUGUAUAGAUGAGAGUGGCUUCCCUCCUGUUUACUCCAUCAUCACAGAAUAUUGUGAAAAGGGUACCCUGAGGCAAGUGCUGAAAAAGGAGCCUGACUUAUCCUGGAAGAUUCGCUUGGAAAUGGCAACGGGUGCUGCCAUCGGCCUGUACAGGUUGCAUCAGACGGGGGACAAGCCUCAGGUGCAUUACUGCAUCAACAGCACCAGGUUCCUGGUUGCCGAAGGCUACCAUGUAAAGCUCUCUGGGUUUGAACUGAGUCAAACAGUCUCUUCCAUCAGACGGAAGCCCAAGGAGAAACCCAAAAAAGAGGUCAGUGCUUCAGCCUACAUCUGCCCCGAGGGUCUGCGGUCAGUGGAGCAUCAAUACAACCUGGCCAGCGAAAUAUACAGCUUUGGGAUUGUCCUGUGGGAGAUCGCAACUUGCAAGAUCCCAUUUGAAGGUUGCACUUCAAAGGAGAUCCAUGAUAAGGUUUGCAACCGGGAGCAAGAACCUCUGGGAGAAGACUGCCCCCCACACCUGCAGGACAUCAUCAACAAAUGCCGGGAUUUCGACCCUUCCCAGCGGCCAACUGCUGAAGAGAUUGUGAACCAACUCAUUGUUCCUGACCUUUUGAAGGAGUGAGAGCCUGACCACAUGAUGGGGGACCUGGAAUGCAAGAACUUGUUCUCGGCACAAUCUUGCAGGGCCACCUUGAGCAUCAGCACAAAGCCAAGCACCUUUUCUUUUUCAACAUGGAGUGCCUGUGCACAUGGCCAAUGGGCAUGUGCCUACAGCCCUUGGUCAAAUUGGCGCACUGUCAUAACUUGUUAACCUGGGCCUGGUUCACAUGCAAUGCUGUUUAACUGUGUUUGUUUAAUUGUGGUUUGUUCACUGCUAAUAAGCCACAGUCUCAAUCCAUGGUCUGCUAUUAUCUUAUAAACCUUGGUUUGUCUUCACUAUGGCUUAGUGUUACAGGUGAAUGCAGAAUCCUUCCUCCUUAGCCAUGAUUUUUUUUUAACCACUCCAUCCCAGAUGCUUAUCAGAUUCAGCAGCAGUAAGUUCUAUUAUAUGGUCACAGAUCUGGAAAACUAAUCCUUACAACGGCAUGAGGCAAGAGCUGCUGGAAAACAAAACAAACUAUGGGGAAAGGACAGCUAGGGAUUCUUGUGCAUGUGGCUUUGCAUUAUACUAUCUGUACAUUAUAGAAAUUGUGGCUUAGCGUUAUAUGUGAGCAUAGCCUUAGUAAGCUUCAAUGCACUGUUGCUUCUUACAAGCCAGCUCAAAGCCCCACCCCAUAAUUCAAUAAAAUUAUACUGAACCCAUAGUAGGAAUUACUGUGUGUUCUUCUGACCACAAUUUAAAGGAUGAUAUGCAGCCAGAAAGAGCAUGUAAGAGGGCAAUCAAAAUAAUGUCCUAUGAGAAAAGACUAAAACGAGUUGGGGCGGUUGACCUUCAGCUGGCCUCCCAUGCAAAAUUUUCUGCUAUUACCCCCCCCCCCAACCUAUUUUUGGCAUCAGCGGCAACAAUACAAAUAAAAUAGAUACAGUAGCACUGGAGUGGAUAGAGCCCAGUGCUCUGAUAGAGAUGUUGCAAUGAUGGGUGCCAAUCUGAACCUUUUCUUUGGUUUAUUUCUGGAGAUCAUGGCAUCAAUGCAGUGGGCAUAACUUGAUAUAAAAAAACCCAUUGUGAACUGUAGUGAUUCUGCUACUAUUCCUUAAACGUGUCCUGGAAUGUACUGAAAUCAUAACACUUUAAAGAUCAGCACACUAAUCCAUGCUACCAGCAAAGUUUGAUUAUCAUCUUCUGUAGGAAAGAAUGGAGUUCUGCAGACAGUGGAAUCUUCUUCCAGAGGGAAAGUCAUGAUUCAAGAAGCAUGCAAGAUUAUCGGUUAGCUAUUUAUCACUAAAGUCAUGUCCUGUCAGCUUCAAGCUUAGCAAGGUAAACAGAAUAGCAAACAGAAAUAAACAAAGGUACAAAAUGGAAUAAAGAUGUUAUAGCACACACUCAUCUGGGGAGACCCCUCCCUUAUCCAUAUAGUAAUAUUGACCCAAUAUUUUGCAGGUUUUCAAUGGUUGGGUUGCUCAAAUGCUCCAGCUGUUCUAGAUUCAGGUAGGUAGCCAUAUUGGUCUGACACAGUUGAAAUACAUAAUUUUUUUAAAAAAAAUUGUCCAGUAGCACCUUAGAGACCAACUAAGUUUGUUCUUGGUAUAAGCUUUCGUAUGCAUGCACACUUCAGAUACCAGCUGGACCAUGUUUUUGCUUUAAAAUCUCAAUAACCAGUUUCAUGUCUCGCUGGACCAUGGGCCAAGUAAUUGGGGGGUGGGGUGGAGGCGUAGCCUUGCCCUGACCAUUAGGUCCAGUUGCGGACGACACUGGGGUUGCGCGGUCAUCUCGCUCUAUAGGCCGAGGGAGCUGGCGUUUGUCCGCAGACAGCUUUCAGGUCAUGUGGGCAGCAUGACUAAGCCGCUUCUGGCUAACCAGAGCAGCGCACAGAAACGUCGUUUACCUAUUUAUCUACUUGCACUUUAACGUGCUUUCGAGCUGCUAGGUUGGCAGGAGCUGAGACGGAGCAACGGGAGCGCACUCCGUCACAGGGAUUCGAAGCGCCGACCUUCUGAUCGAAGGUCGGCAAGCCCUAGGGCUAG